GCUUUUCCCUCUCGUCUGCUACCAGGCGUUGUUUCAGUCGAGCACAGGUCGCAAUGGUCAUUUCUUACUGCUAGAUCUCUUUGAGAAGACGCUGCUACUGUGCCUUUUGCCAAGACCUGAAAUCUCCCAUAGCUUGAGUGGCAAUUCUCCGCAACAAUGUCGACUACUCCCAACCCCCGGCGCCGGUCACCGCGACUGUCCGAGGUCUCGGAAUCCUUCUCCCCAAUUGGGGACACCACACUCACUCGGCUUUCGCGUCUUCCAAUCCCAACCAGAAACCCCCUCACUCCCAGCCGACACGCGAUGUCAAAUACCACUCCCUCCGCCAACAAAUUUACACCGCGUAAUAGAGGCGCCGGUGCGCCUGCCACCCCAUUCAGACUCAACGCAAUUCAGCGACGGAAUGCGAACACCCCUGGCCGGGAUCGCAGGAAGAGCGGACGAAUCCAACGUGAAACAACAUUCGACAUCCUUCGGAACCUGGGAAAGGCACUUGCCCCGACUACCCAACCAAUUCGUUCGUCACCCAGUGAGAAACCGGAGCCCGUGGCUCCAGAGCCGGUCGAGCCUGAGAAGGACGAGUUUGAGAUCCUUGACAACGAACCCGAGCUGGAACGACCCCGGCUAUCCCUGCCGUUAGAGGAAGUUGACGAGGUCGAUGAGGAGCCGGAGAUGCGUCCUCCGAGGCUAUCCCUGGCGAUCGAGGAAGAUGAUAUCACGGUUGAAUACCCGAGGCGAGCUGCAAACGAACUAGAAAGGGGCAGACUGUCAAUGAUGGGCCCGCGGUUGAGUGAGAAUUUCGGCGAUGCGACUCGGUUGGAUAGUGACGACGAGGACGACGAGGAUGAUACGGGGCUUGUGCAUGGCGACGACGCCGGAGACGAAGCAGACGAGACCAUUGAUAGCCAAGGGGCUUUUGAUCGAGGGGGAGACACCGAGGACUUGGGCCGAUUCAACUUCGAGUUCAAUUUUCCAUCGCCGCCAGCCCCGGGAGUCGGCGAUUUGGACCAGAACGCACCGAUGCACGACGAUGAGGGAUUUGAGCUUCCACCAGUGGAUAUGCCUCUCGAUAUGGACGUUGGGCCUGGCGAUGACGAUGAUGUCAGUAGUGUGUCUAACGCUGGCGGAGACUUUGGCAUGGAAUUCCCGGCCCGGGAAUCUGUCGCAAUGAGCGAGAGCCGAAGUCCUGGUAUUGUCGGUGGAGGUCUGCGGGAGGAAGAUCAGUAUACUCCUGGCGUCAAGCAAAAGAAGCUCUCCCGCCACGGCAUCCCGGUUCCUAAUCUACCCGUUGGUGUGGUGAAGAAGUUGGCCAUGCGCUUUGCGCGGGCACGAAACGGGUCCAAGGCGAAAAUCAGCAAGGAGACGCUGGCGGCGAUUGAACAGGCCUCGUCGUGGUUCUUUGAACAGGCCAGUGACGAUCUGGCAGCAUAUGCCAAGCAUGCUGGGCGCAAGACGAUCGAUGAGAGCGACGUCACAACUUUGAUGAGGCGACAACGGCAUCUGAGCAAUGCCACUACUGUCUUCUCUCUUGCACAAAAGCAUCUCCCGAAAGAGCUGUUGCAGGAUAUGAGAUUGGCGAUGCCACCAUGAAUGGUCGGUACAUAUACAUAAAUCUUUCUUAACAUACAAGCCCCACGCGACAUGCCCCUGGAAGGUGCAGAUCGACCCCCGGAACAGACCUACCAGUUACGAUUCAACCGGACACGACGAGUGGCCUCGUUCGGUCUUUUGCGAACGAUCAUCCAGAACAUGAUGGUCGUUGCCAGCGAC